AUGGAUGAGAUCCCAUGGAAGAUGCAAAAAAUUGAGAAUGCUAAUAAUUCAUUGCCUGCCAAAAAGCAGGUUGAAGGUGUCCUUCAAAGCAAGUCUGGUGGUGAAGAAGUUCUGCAGGAGUAUAAAGCAACAGAAACCCUAAGUGAUGCCACAAGAAGGCAGAUGGUAAACAUACUGGUGGCUCACAUGACUGAUGAACAUGGGCACCUUCCUCCUAAAGCGAUCAGAGAGCAGUAUGCCCUUGGAAUAGUGACGCUCUUCCCUUCCCUCAAAGAUCCAUACACCAAAAAAGGCUAUGAGCACUUUUAUGAUGCAGCAAGCAGCACAGGAUACAUUUCAUGGCGUCUCAAAACAAUUCAAAGGAAGACUAGAAGAGGAUCUCCUGUGGCACCAAGUAGCUCCAAAGAGAUUUUAAGUGGAGGCCCAAAUAGUCAGAGAAAUGUGAUCGUCGAAAGACAGCUAAAUGGUGAUGCCUGCCAGGAAGCCAUGUCGUUGCUUAACCACACCACAGACAGGUCCCUGAUCUUUCAGAAGAUGAGAGAGACUUUUGAACACCGUCAGAAACUUAUUAGAGAUGCCAGUGGAAGAACAGACAUUCUGACAAUGUUUCCCAGAUUUCUGGACACAAAAGGAUUAAUUGAUCAAGACUUCAGUCUUCUAUUUAAUGAAGAAACCUCCUCCAGACUGCUGCAGAAGUGGGAUGUGUUCUUCAAGCAAAAUGUCAUCAAAGAGGCCAAGCGUCUCACUUCAACACCUGAGUUGAGAAGUUUGGUGCAGUCAGCGGAAGUCCCUGGAGAUGACCUGGAUGCGGCAUCUACCUAUGACCAAGAAAUGGCCUCCUUGUUACUGCUCCUACAUCUCCUUCCACCACCACCUGGAGGACAGAAGUCUUCAAAAAUCAGUGCAUGGGAUGCAAUUGAGAGACUCGUUGUCUUUCACAAGUCAUGCUGCAGUUUAGAGGAACAUCUCCGGGGUCAACGGGGUCUCCAGCCAUACCUCCUUGCUGUUGGGCGUCUGAAGAGCAAGAUUGACAGCUUCUACAUAGUCAUGGAUAAACACCUCAUCCCAUGCCAGGCAAACCGCUCUCUGGGAGCAUUUGAUGAGUUGUUCAAAGCACAUUUUGUGUUCAAUGUCUCUUAUGAUGCUGCAUUAUUGAGUUUUUAUACGUUUCUGCAGACAACAGUGUAUAACAUUGAUGUUGGCAAAAUGAAGGAAUCACCCAGAGUCAGAGACUUAAAAAGCGAGGCUGCUUAA